AUCAGAACCCAGCUUGACUGUCAUUAGUGAUCAUCAGUACUCUAGAUGGACGGAUUGCCGCUUUGGAUGCCGAGAAUCAUGGUCAAAAGCAGUGGGAUUUGGACGUGGGAUCCGGCUCCCUGGUCUCAUCCAGCCUGAGUAAGCCUGAGGUGUUUGGGAACAAGGUGAUCAUCCCUUCCCUGGACGGGGACCUCUUCCAGUGGGACCGGGACCGGGAGAGCAUGGAGACGGUUCCCUUCACGGUCGAGUCUCUCCUCGAAGCUUCUUAUAAAUUUGGAGACGAUGUUGUUUUGGUUGGAGGAAAAUCGCUCACGACAUAUGGCCUCAGUGCCUACAGUGGGAAGGUGAGGUACAUCUGUUCUGCCCUGGGUUGUCGCCGGUGGGACAGCGAUGAGCUGGAGGAAGAAGAGGACAUCCUACUUCUGCAGCGCACCCAGAAGACCGUGAGGGCCGUCGGACCCCGCAGUGGCAAUGAGAAGUGGAAUUUCAGUGUUGGCCACUUUGAACUUCGGUAUAUUCCAGACAUGGAAACUAGAGCCGGAUUUAUUGAAAGCAGCUUUAGACCCAGUGGGGACAAGGAAGAGUCUAAGAUUAUUUCAGAUGUGGAAGAACAGGAAGCCGCCAUGCUGGAAACGGUGAUAAAGGUUUCGGUAGCUGACUGGAAGGUCGUGGCAUUCAGUAAGAAGGGAGGACACCUGGAGUGGGAGUACCAGUUUUGUACUCCGAUCGCUUCUGCCUGGUUGGUCAGAGAUGGCAAAGUCAUUCCAAUCAGUCUCUUUGAUGACACGAGUUACACAUCUACAGAAGAGGUUUUAGAGGAUGAGGAGGACAUCGUGGAAGCUGCACGCGGAGCCACGGAGAGCAGCGUGUACCUGGGAAUGUACAGAGGCCAGCUGUACCUGCAGUCAUCAGUGAGAAUCUCAGAAAAGUUUCCUGCAAAUCCCAAGGCCUUGGAGUCUGUCAGUAGUGGAAAUGAGAUUAUUCCUUUGCCAACAAUCAAAUGGAAACCCUUAAUCCAUUCCCCUUCCAGAACCCCUGUCCUGGUGGGCUCUGAUGAAUUUGACAAAUGCCUUAGUAAUGACAAGUUUUCUCACGAAGAGUACAGCAAUGGUGCCCUUUCAAUCUUACAGUAUCCAUAUGACAACGGGUAUUACCUGCCCUACUACAAGAGGGAGCGGAGCAGGCGGAGCACGCAGAUCACCGUCAGGUUCCUGGACAGCCCUAGCUACCCCAAGAAUGUCCGCAGGAAGGACCCGGUGCUCCUCCUGCACUGGUGGAAGGAAAUCGUGGGGACGAUCCUGUUCUGCAUUGUGGCCACCACUUUCAUCGUGCGCAGGCUCUUCCACCCUCAGCCACACCGGCAAAGGAAAGAAUCUGAAACUCAGUGUCAAACUGAAAACAAAUAUGAUUCUACAAGUGAAGGGGCCAGUGCCAGUAGCCAGAGUGACACAAAGAGCUCGGGAUAUGUAUCACGCUAUCUGACAGAUUUUGAGCCGGUGCAGUGCCUGGGCCGUGGGGGCUUUGGAGUUGUCUUUGAAGCUAGGAACAAAGUGGAUGACUGCGACUAUGCCAUCAAGAGGAUCCGGCUCCCCAACAGGGAACUGGCUAGAGAGAAGGUGAUGCGGGAGGUGAAGGCCCUGGCCAAGCUAGAGCACCCGGGCAUCGUCAGGUACUUCAACGCCUGGCUGGAGGCCCCCCCGGAGGAGUGGCAGGAAAAGAUGGACGCCAUCUGGCUCAAAGAUGAGAGCACGGACUGGCCACUCAGCUCGCCCAGCCUGCUGGAUGCACCCUCCGUGAAGAUCCGCAGAAUGGAUCCUUUCUCCUCCAAAGAGCACAUCGAGAUCAUCGCCCCUGCGCCCCAGAGAAGCGCAUCUUUCUCGGUGGGGAUUUCCUGCGGCCAGACGAGCUCCUCCGGGAGCCAGUUUUCCCCACUAGAGUUCUCGGACAUGGACCACGGCAACGCCAGUGGAUUGGGAGCCGCGGCCUGCAGCCUCGGGGAUCACUGCCCCGCAGACCGUGGCGUGGAGGGUGGCACCGCAGAGGGCAGUGGCCGCAGGCACUCCUUCGAGCUGUGUCCUUCUGUGACGCCCACCCACACGAGGUCCAGGGAGAGGACCUCCUCCUCCAUCGUGUUCGAGGACUCUGGCUGUGACAACGCAUCCAGCAGGGAGGAGCCCAGGGCCGAGCGCCUGCACAUCAGCAGCCUCUGUGCACACCGAGUGGCCGCCUUCAGGUACUCCAGCAGCAAGUCGUCUUCCGAAGCCACGCUGUCCAUCUCUCCUCCCAGACCGACCUCGCUCAGCUUAGAUCUCACCAAGAACACGGCAGAGAAACUGCAGCCCAGCUCCCCUAAGGUGUAUCUAUACAUCCAGAUGCAGCUGUGCCGGAAGGAGACGCUCAAGGACUGGCUGAGCCGCCGCUGCAGCUUAGAGCAGAGAGAACGGAGCGCAUGCCUGCACAUCUUCCUGCAGAUCGCUGAGGCCGUGGAGUUCCUGCACAGCAAGGGGCUCAUGCACAGGGACCUCAAGCCCUCCAACAUAUUCUUCACCAUGGACGAUGUGGUCAAGGUGGGAGACUUUGGGCUAGUGACUGCAAUGGACCAGGAUGAGGAAGAGCCAACGGUUCUGACCCCGAUGCCAUCCUACGCCACACACACGGGACAAGUGGGGACCAAGCUCUACAUGAGCCCAGAGCAGAUUCAUGGGAACAACUACUCCCAUAAGGUGGACAUCUUCUCUCUGGGCCUGAUUCUGUUUGAACUGUUGUACCCAUUCAGCACUCAGAUGGAGAGAGUCCAGACCUUAACUGAAGUAAGAAAUCUCAAGUUUCCACCACUGUUCAUUCAAAAAUAUCCUCGGGAGUACGCGAUGGUUGGGGACAUGCUUUCUCCGACCCCUGUGGAACGGCCCGAGGCCACGGACAUCAUUGAAGACCCGGUGUUUGAGGACUUGGAGUUUCCAGGGAAGACUGUGCUCAGACAGCGGUCACGAUCCCUGAGUUCCUCGGGACCCAAGUCCCCGCGGCAGCCCAGCAGUUAGCCCCGGCCACCCCUUCCACCAUGGCAAUGGCGGACUCAACUUGUGCUUCACUCCAUUUUAUUCUGGACUGCUCUUUCCAAGUCAGACUGGACUUACGCCGAGCCCACCCCGUGUUGGCAGUACCUGAGGAGGGGCUGUCUGCAGGCGUAGCUCCCUGUUCCCCACUGGCCUCCUGAAACUGGCCAGCGGAGCCUCCCAGGCCCGGCCUCCAUCCCAGGAGGAAGCAGUCCCUCAGAGACAGAGAGCUUUGAGAUGGGAAUAUUUUUAUAAUACAGAAGAAAACCUCCCCACUUUGUGGUAACUAUAUUGCUCUAGAAAUAUGCUUUCUAGGGAUAGGGUGAUUUUUGAGACUGACUUCUAAAAAGCUGACCCCACUGCUGUCCCUGUGGGUAAAUGCGGGUUCCACACGUUGGGAGUCGAGUAGCACAAACUGCAUAGCAGUGUAUGUCUGUGACUUUGUGGUCCUGUUUGUAGCUGUGUCCUUAAAUGGCUCUAGAGAAGGUCUAAGAGGUCUUUGUAUUUUUACCUCCAAGAAAGGGAAAAUGAAGCUUUUUAUGUAAGCUGGUCAAUUGGCUCGGGGAGGAGAAAAGCUCUGUAAGAAACGAAUCAUAUAUUCCAGGUCCUCCUUCCACUACGCACUAAGCCUGAUCAUGUCGCAUAUGUAAUCUUUAGGUUCAUUUCCCCGGACUGAUUUUAGGUAAGUUUAAUCGUCUUGCUUGUUAACAUGUUUUUAUUUUCCCUUUAAAUGUCUAUUUUUUAUUUAUAAAAAUUCUGAAAUCAAUCCAUUUGGGUUGGUGGUGUACAGAGCGCACAUACGUGUGUUAACUAUUGUGACUUCUUUCAAGUCUAAAUGAUUUAAUAAAAAAAUUUUAAAUUACUUA